CGGUGGCUGAUCUUAACAGGCAAUUGGCCAAAGAUGAAACGAAAACGAUGUGUUAUUUAACGAACCGUCUCGUCCAUUUGGGCUGUGUUACAGAAAGAACUGGAGAAAGAAAUCAAAAAAGUGGCAGACAGACAGACAGAAAUGGCCAUGGACAUUCAGACCAUGCGAAAAGACAUGGGUUCUGAGUUUGAGAAACAYAAUUCCAAUCAGAUUACUUUCAAGAAACAGUUACAAGACACUGUUGCAAAUUUAUCUCACCACCAAUCUAAAACCACUGACAGAUCAUUGAGUACCUGUUCGUGUAAUCAAGACGGCGAUUUCAGUCAAAUACCGGAAACAAUGACUGUUAACAAACUGGCCACAACGAUAAGUAAUAUGUACAGUGGGCUUAAAGAUCGUUCAGAUCACAUAAGCAUCUCACUCAAGGAAUUGGUUGAGAAUACUGACAAGUAUCGGCGGAGAUUGGAUUCUGAUAGACGAGGCGUAAUAAACGAGUUUUUGGACAGUUUCUUGGAAGCGGCCAUCGACAAGAUGACGGCGAUUCAGAAAAAAUCAGAAAACGAACUCGAAGCUAAGUUCAAAGAGCACUUGCAAUUACUCGUAGAUGGACAAAACUUGUUCAUGGAUAGUUGCCACCGGUUGCAAUCAAACGAACGACAAAUCGAGAACGAUAUGGUUGAUAUAUUGGAAAGGAUAUUAGACCGUAUUGAUAACAAGAGUAAGUCCGAUAUCAUGACGUUGGAACAGAUACCGAAAACUCUGAAGACCCAAAGCAGUCUAGAGGAAAAGUUGUUCGCUGAGCUUUCGGAGCUCGUCAAGACACAGUCGGACCAAGUGACCAGAACAGUAGCCUACUCCACCAACCAAGUGUUAAAGUUACACCAGGACGUGAUGAACAUUUCCAACGCGCUGAUGGCAGUCAACAAUGGCGGUGGAUUUAGUAAUUUCACCGUAUCGACGACGGACAUGAACGACAGACUAUCCUUGCGAAAUAYCAACAACAGCCACACCAGCAACCCAUCAACUUUAAAAAACAAGUCCAACACCGAAAAACCUACAAUUAUGCCAAACCCGAACCGUUCUCCACAUGAUUAGGAUUA